AUGGGCACUGUUCAAGAAGCUAUUCACCAUGGCAUAAUUGCCGCCGAUUUUCUUUGGACCACUAAACGAGUUGUCCAGGCUAUCGAGCUGUGGAACGAGUGCUUAACACUACUAAACAACAAAAUCUUAGAAAACGAACAUGAACUUGCCACAAUAGUGCGUAUAGCGCUGAACAAGAGGCUGUUUUAUGGAAAUGCUGCUAUUACGAAACUUUCACCAGCUAUAGAAUCUGGCAAAAAGCUUUUAGUCCUACUUCGCAAUCUUAAGAGAAAAAAAAAAGAAGGUAACACAGCCUUGAUGUUAUCAAAACUGUACUUUCAAAAAAGUGAAUACCAGGAAGCACAAGCAGUCCUCAAAAUUGCACUCUGCGUUUACAAAGAAAUCGAAGACAAAGACGGAGAAGCGUCAUGCUACGGAAACCUAGGAAAUGUGUUUCAAUCUGUCGGAGAAUAUGCCAAGGCUGAAGAAUAUCUUCAUAAAGCACUUACCAUCAACACAGAAAUUGGCGACAGAAACGGAGAAGCGUCAUGCUACGUAAACCUAGGAAAUGUGUUUCAAUCUGUCGGAGAAUAUGCCAAGGCUGAAGAAUAUCUUCAUAAAGCACUUCCCAUCAACACAGAAAUUGGCGACAGAAACGGAGAAGCGUCAUGCUACGGAAACCUAGGAAAUGUGUUUAAAUCUGUCGGAGAAUAUGCCAAGGCUGAAGAAUAUCUUCAUAAAGCACUUACCAUCAACACAGAAAUUGGCGACAGAAACGGAGAAGCGUCAUGCUACGUAAACCUAGGAAAUGUGUUUCAAUCUGUCGGAGAAUAUGCCAAGGCUGAAGAAUAUCUUCAUAAAGCACUUCCCAUCAACACAGAAAUUGGCGACAGAAACGGAGAAGCGUCAUGCUACGGAAACCUAGGAAAUGUGUUUCAAUCUGUCGGAGAAUAUGCCAAGGCUGAAGAAUAUCUUCAUAAAGCACUUACCAUCAAGACAGAAAUUGGCCACAGAAACGGAGAAGCGUCAUGCUACGUAAACCUAGGAAAUGUGUUUCAGUCUCUCGGAGAAUAUGCCAAGGCUGAAGAAUAUCUUCAUAAAGCACUUACCAUCAACACAGAAAUUGGCCACAGAAACGGAGAAGCGUCAUGCUACGUAAACCUAGGAAAUGUGUUUCGUUCUGUCGGAGAAUAUGCCAAGGCUGAAGAAUAUCUUCAUAAAGCACUUGCCAUCAAGACAGAAAUUGGCGACAGAAACGGAGAAGCGUCAUGCUACGUAAACCUAGGAAGUGUGUUUCGAUCUGUCGGAGAAUAUGCCAAGGCUGAAGAAUAUCUUCAUAAAGCACUUACCAUCAAGACAGAAAUUGGCGACAGAAACGGAGAAGCGACAUGCUACGUAAACCUAGGAAAUGUGUUUGGUUCUGUCGGAGAAUAUGCCAAGGCUGAAGAAUAUCUUCAUAAAGCACUUACCAUCAACACAGAAAUUGGCGACAGAAACGGAGAAGCGUCAUGCUACGUAAACCUAGGAAAUGUGUUUCAAUUUGUCGGAGAAUAUCCCAAAGCUGAAGAAUAUCUUCAUAAAGCACUUCCCAUCAACACAGAAAUUGGCGACAGAAACGGAGAAGCGUCAUGCUACGUAAACCUAGGAAGUGUGUUUCGAUCUGUCGGAGAAUAUGCCAAGGCUGAAGAAUAUCUUCAUAAAGCACUUACCAUCAACACAGAAAUUGGCGACAGAAACGGAGAAGCGUCAUGCUACGUAAACCUAGGAAAUGUGUUUCAAUCUGUCGGAGAAUAUGCCAAGGCUGAAGAAUAUCUUCAUAAAGCACUUACCAUCAACACAGAAAUUGGCGACAGAAACGGAGAAGCGUCAUGCUACGUAAACCUAGGAAAUGUGUUUCAAUCUGUCGGAGAAUAUGCCAAGGCUGAAGAAUAUCUUCAUAAAGCACUUCCCAUCAACAAUGAAAUUGGCGACAGAAACGGAGAAGCGUCAUGCUACGGAAACCUAGGAAAUGUGUUUCAAUCUGUCGGAGAAUAUGCCAAGGCUGAAGAAUAUCUUCAUAAAGCACUUACCAUCAACACAGAAAUUGGCCACAGAAACGGAGAAGCGUCAUGCUACGUAAACCUAGGAAAUGUGUUUCAGUCUGUCGGAGAAUAUGCCAAGGCUGAAGAAUAUCUUCAUAAAGCACUUACCAUCAACACAGAAAUUGGCGACAGAAACGGAGAAGCGUCAUGCUACGUAAACCUAGGAAAUGUGUUUGGUUCUGUCGGAGAAUAUGCCAAGGCUGAAGAAUAUCUUCAUAAAGCACUUACCAUCAAGACACAAAUUCGCGACAGAAACGGAGAGGCGACAUGCUACGGAAACCUAGGAAAUGUGUUUCAUUCUGUCGGAGAAUAUGGCAAGGCUGAAGAAUAUCUUCAUAAAGCACUUACCAUCAAGACAGAAAUUGGCGACAGAAAAGGAGAAGGGUCAUGCUACGGACGCCUAGGAAGUGUGUUUCAAUCUGUCGGAGAAUAUGCCAAGGCUGAAGAAUAUCUUCAUAAAGCACUUACCAUCAACACAGAAAUUGGCGACAGAAACGGAGAAGCGACAUGCUACGGACACCUAGGAAGUGUGUUUCAGUCUGUCGGAGAAUAUGGCAAGGCUGAAGAAUAUCUUCAUAAAGCACUUACCAUCAACACAGAAAUUGGCGACAGAAACGGAGAAGCGUCAUGCUACGUAAACCUAGGAAAUGUGUUUCGAUCUGUCGGAGAAUAUGCCAAGGCUGAAGAAUAUCUUCAUAAAGCACUUACCAUCAAGACAGAAAUUGGCGACAGAAACGGAGAAGCGUCAUCCUACGUAAACCUAGGAAAUGUGUUUGGUUCUGUCGGAGAAUAUGCCAAGGCUGAAGAAUAUCUUCAUAAAGCACUUACCAUCAACACAGAAAUUGGCGACAGAAACGGAGAAGCGUCAUGCUACGUAAACCUAGGAAAUGUGUUUGGUUCUGUCGGAGAAUAUGCCAAGGCUGAAGAAUAUCUUCAUAAAGCACUUGCCAUCAAGACAGAAAUUGGCGACAGAAACGGAGAAGCGUCAUGCUACGGAAACCUAGGAAAUGUGUUUGAAUCUGUCGGAGAAUAUGCCAAGGCUGAAGAAUAUCUUCAUAAAGCACUUACCAUCAACACAGAAAUUGGCGACAGAAACGGAGAAGCGUCAUGCUACGUAAACCUAGGAAAUGUGUUUCAAUCUGUCGGAGAAUAUGCCAAGGCUGAAGAAUAUCUUCAUAAAGCACUUCCCAUCAACACAGAAAUUGGCGACAGAAACGGAGAAGCGUCAUGCUACGGAAACCUAGGAAAUGUGUUUCAAUCUGUCGGAGAAUAUGCCAAGGCUGAAGAAUAUCUUCAUAAAGCACUUACCAUCAAGACAGAAAUUGGCCACAGAAACGGAGAAGCGUCAUGCUACGUAAACCUAGGAAAUGUGUUUCAGUCUGUCGGAGAAUAUGCCAAGGCUGAAGAAUAUCUUCAUAAAGCACUUACCAUCAACACAGAAAUUGGCCACAGAAACGGAGAAGCGUCAUGCUACGUAAACCUAGGAAAUGUGUUUCGUUCUGUCGGAGAAUAUGCCAAGGCUGAAGAAUAUCUUCAUAAAGCACUUGCCAUCAAGACAGAAAUUGGCGACAGAAACGGAGAAGCGUCAUGCUACGUAAACCUAGGAAGUGUGUUUCGAUCUGUCGGAGAAUAUGCCAAGGCUGAAGAAUAUCUUCAUAAAGCACUUACCAUCAAGACAGAAAUUGGCGACAGAAACGGAGAAGCGACAUGCUACGUAAACCUAGGAAAUGUGUUUGGUUCUGUCGGAGAAUAUGCCAAGGCUGAAGAAUAUCUUCAUAAAGCACUUACCAUCAACACAGAAAUUGGCGACAGAAACGGAGAAGCGUCAUGCUACGUAAACCUAGGAAAUGUGUUUCAAUUUGUCGGAGAAUAUCCCAAAGCUGAAGAAUAUCUUCAUAAAGCACUUCCCAUCAACACAGAAAUUGGCGACAGAAACGGAGAAGCGUCAUGCUACGUAAACCUAGGAAGUGUGUUUCGAUCUGUCGGAGAAUAUGCCAAGGCUGAAGAAUAUCUUCAUAAAGCACUUACCAUCAACACAGAAAUUGGCGACAGAAACGGAGAAGCGUCAUGCUACGUAAACCUAGGAAAUGUGUUUCAAUCUGUCGGAGAAUAUGCCAAGGCUGAAGAAUAUCUUCAUAAAGCACUUACCAUCAACACAGAAAUUGGCGACAGAAACGGAGAAGCGUCAUGCUACGUAAACCUAGGAAAUGUGUUUCAAUCUGUCGGAGAAUAUGCCAAGGCUGAAGAAUAUCUUCAUAAAGCACUUCCCAUCAACAAUGAAAUUGGCGACAGAAACGGAGAAGCGUCAUGCUACGGAAACCUAGGAAAUGUGUUUCAAUCUGUCGGAGAAUAUGCCAAGGCUGAAGAAUAUCUUCAUAAAGCACUUACCAUCAACACAGAAAUUGGCCACAGAAACGGAGAAGCGUCAUGCUACGUAAACCUAGGAAAUGUGUUUCAGUCUGUCGGAGAAUAUGCCAAGGCUGAAGAAUAUCUUCAUAAAGCACUUACCAUCAACACAGAAAUUGGCGACAGAAACGGAGAAGCGUCAUGCUACGUAAACCUAGGAAAUGUGUUUGGUUCUGUCGGAGAAUAUGCCAAGGCUGAAGAAUAUCUUCAUAAAGCACUUACCAUCAAGACACAAAUUCGCGACAGAAACGGAGAGGCGACAUGCUACGGAAACCUAGGAAAUGUGUUUCAUUCUGUCGGAGAAUAUGGCAAGGCUGAAGAAUAUCUUCAUAAAGCACUUACCAUCAAGACAGAAAUUGGCGACAGAAAAGGAGAAGGGUCAUGCUACGGACGCCUAGGAAGUGUGUUUCAAUCUGUCGGAGAAUAUGCCAAGGCUGAAGAAUAUCUUCAUAAAGCACUUACCAUCAACACAGAAAUUGGCGACAGAAACGGAGAAGCGACAUGCUACGGACACCUAGGAAGUGUGUUUCAGUCUGUCGGAGAAUAUGGCAAGGCUGAAGAAUAUCUUCAUAAAGCACUUACCAUCAACACAGAAAUUGGCGACAGAAACGGAGAAGCGUCAUGCUACGUAAACCUAGGAAAUGUGUUUCGAUCUGUCGGAGAAUAUGCCAAGGCUGAAGAAUAUCUUCAUAAAGCACUUACCAUCAAGACAGAAAUUGGCGACAGAAACGGAGAAGCGUCAUGCUACGGAAACCUAGGAAAUGUGUUUGGUUCUGUCGGAGAAUAUGCCAAGGCUGAAGAAUAUCUUCAUAAAGCACUUACCAUCAACACAGAAAUUGGCGACAGAAACGGAGAAGCGACAUGCUACGUAAACCUAGGAAAUGUGUUUGGUUCUGUCGGAGAAUAUGCCAAGGCUGAAGAAUAUCUUCAUAAAGCACUUACCAUCAACACAGAAAUUGGCGACAGAAACGGAGAAGCGUCAUGCUACGGACGCCUAGGAAAUGUGUUUCAAUCUGUCGGAGAAUAUGCCAAGGCUGAAGAAUAUCUUCAUAAAGCACUUACCAUCAACACAGAAAUUGGCGACAGAAACGGAGAAGCGUCAUGCUACGGAAACCUAGGAAAUGUGUUUCAAUCUGUCGGAGAAUAUGCCAAGGCUGAAGAAUAUCUUCAUAAAGCACUUACCAUCAACACAGAAAUUGGCGACAGAAACGGAGAAGCGUCAUGCUACGUAAACCUAGGAAAUGUGUUUCAAUCUGUCGGAGAAUAUGCCAAGGCUGAAGAAUAUCUUCAUAAAGCACUUACCAUCAACACAGAAAUUGGCGACAAAAACGGAGAAGCGUCAUGCUACAUAAACCUAGGAAAUGUGUUUCAAUCUGUCGGAGAAUAUGCCAAGGCUGAAGAAUAUCUUCAUAAAGCACUUACCAUCAACACAGAAAUUGGCGACAGAGUGGGAGAAGCGUCAUGCUACGUAAACCUAGGAAAUGUGUUUGGUUCUGUCGGAGAAUAUGCCAAGGCUGAAGAAUAUCUUCAUAAAGCACUUACCAUCAACACAGAAAUUGGCGACAGAAAUGGAGGAGCGACAUGCUACGUAAACCUAGGAAAUGUGUUUGGUUCUGUCGGAGAAUAUGCCAAGGCUGAAGAAUAUCUUCAUAAAGCACUUACCAUCAACACAGAAAUUGGCGACAGAGUGGGAGAAGCGUCAUGCUACGGAAACCUAGGAAAUGUGUUUGGUUCUGUCGGAGAAUAUGCCAAGGCUGAAGAAUAUCUUCAUAAAGCACUUACCAUCAGCACAGAAAUUGGCGACAGAAACGGAGAAGCGUCAUGCUACGUAAACCUAGGAAAUGUGUUUCGAUCUGUCGGAGAAUAUGCCAAGGCUGAAGAAUAUCUUCAUAAAGCACUUACCAUCAACACAGAAAUUGGCGGCAGAGUGGGAGAAGCGUCAUGCUACGGAAACCUAGGAAAUGUGUUUCAAUCUGUCGGAGAAUAUGCCAAGGCUGAAGAAUAUCUUCAUAAAGCACUUACCAUCAACACAGAAAUUGGCGGCAGAGUGGGAGAAGCGUCAUGCUACGGAAACCUAGGAAAUGUGUUUCAAUCUGUCGGAGAAUAUGCCAAAGCUGAAGAAUAUCUUCAUAAAGCACUUACCAUCAACACAGAAAUUGGCGACAGAAACGGAGAAGCGUCAUGCUACGUAAACCUAGGAAAUGUGUUUCGAUCUGUCGGAGAAUAUGCCAAGGCUGAAGAAUAUCUUCAUAAAGCACUUACCAUCAACACAGAAAUUGGCGACAGAGUGGGAGAAGCGUCAUGCUACGGAAACCUAGGAAAUGUGUUUGGUUCUGUCGGAGAAUAUGCCAAGGCUGAAGAAUAUCUUCAUAAAGCACUUACCAUCAACACAAAAAUUGGCGACAGAAACGGAGAAGCGUCCUGCUACGUAAACCUAGGAAAUGUGUUUGAAUCUGUCGGAGAAUAUGCCAAGGCUGAAGAAUAUCUUCAUAAAGCACUUACCAUCAAGACAGAAAUUGGCGACAGAAACGGAGAAGCGUCAUGCUACGUAAACGUAGGAAAUGUGUUUCAAUCUGUCGGAGAAUAUGCCAAGGCUGAAGAAUAUCUUCAUAAAGCACUUGCCAUCAAGACACAAAUUGGCGACAGAAACGGAGAAGCGUCAUGCUACGGAAACCUAGGAAAUGUGUUUCAAUCUGUCGGAGAAUAUGCCAAGGCUGAGGAAUAUCUUCAUAAAGCACUUACCAUCAACACAGAAAUUGGCGACAGAAACGGAAAAGCGACAUGCUACGAAAACCUAGGAAUUGUGUUUUGUUCUGUCGGAGAAUAUGCCAAGGCUGAAGAAUAUCUUCAUAAAGCACUUACCAUCAAGACGGAAAUUGGCGACAGAAACGGAGAAGCCUCAUGCUACGGACACCUAGGAGCUCUGUUUGCACAUGUAGGAGAAUAUGGCAAGGCUGAAGAAAAUCUUCAUACAGCACUUACCACCAACACAGAAAUUGGCGACAAAGACGGAGAAGCGUCUCGCUACCUAAAGCUAGGAAACACAUCUCAAGCCUUAUCGGAUCUCUGGUCAAGCAUUCAAAUUUACGAAAAAAUGCUUACUUCUCUAGGAAGCAAAGAUAGCCACAAUAUAUCAUUUUUUGACAAGAACGCUUCUCCCUAUCGGCUGUUUUGUUCAUUGAGUUGUUUUUGUGGGAAACCCUAUGAAGCUUUACACGCUGCUGAACUUGGACGGGCCAGAGCUCUAGCAGAACUUAUGUCAAAUCGCUACUCCAUUGAAAAAGAAAUAUCCAUUAACCCACAAUCGUUUGUUGGCAUCGCGGAAGUAAUUAAGAAAAAUGGCAACAGCAUAUUUUUGUGGGUUUUGAAACAAAACAAACCGGUAGCUUUCCGAAGAACGAAACUUUGUGAAAGCUAUGUUAGCAAGCAUGGCAAAAUCUCUGUGUAUGACCUGUUUGGAAACGAAAGCUUAUUAAGAAAAUUUCACGUUUUACCUCAAGAACAACGCGAAGACCGAUCACUCUUCUCUUCAUUCGCCAACCAACUUACAAACGAAUCAAAUCUGGAAGAUAGUCUCUCAACCUUGCGUCCUCUUUUAGAUAAGGGAGAA